AUAAACACGAAUUAACUCUCGGGAGGCGAUAAAUGGUUUUCAGUGGUCACUCUCAAGCCAGCAGCAACAGUCGUUUAAAUUAAGCCAGGUGCGAGCUGUCUUUAUGUGUGGCGUGCCCCCCCGGAAGGAGAAGUAGAUUCUCUGGCUUCUCUUUCGGAUGUGAUCUUAAUCCCCUCCAGCCACCGGAAGCGCUCGGGAAAGCCGAGGUUGCAAAGUGCGUCACAUCGCGGAGCUGCUGCGACUACGCGGAGCCUGACCUGCAGCCACUCGUCUGCCCGCACCAGAAACACCACCAUGGUGAAGAUUGCUUUCAACUCGGCGCUGGCGCAGAAGGCGCUGGGCAAAGAGGUGCCGGCCGCGAACAAGGAUCCUGAGCUGGCCUCUGCUCCAGCGGGCAACGAGGGCUCCACAGGUCGCUGUCUGCUCACCCUGCUGGGCAUCGCCUUCAUCCUCAGUGGGCUCAUCGUGGGGGGAGCGUGUCUCUAUCGAUAUUUCACCCCAAAGAGGCUCUAUCACGGCGCGAUGCAGUUUAACGACGCGUCAGCCGGAGCUGGGGGAGAGAGCCAGCCGUACUACCUGCCACGGGUAGAGGAGGAGGUGGAAAUCUCCGACAGCAUGGCCGUCAUCAGCGUCCCCCCUCCUCGCUUCAGACCCGGAGACCCUGCUUACAUCCUUCAUGACUUCAACAGGAAGCUGACUGCCUAUCUGGACCUGACCCUGAGGACCUGCUUUGUGAUACCUCUGAACACCUCGGUGGUGCUCCCCCCUCAGGACCUAAUUGACCUCUUCUCACAGCUGAUGUCUGGCUCUUACCACAGCUACCUGGUGCAUGAGGAUCUGGUGGUGACCGAGCGUAUUGAUGAUGUCAAACCUCUGGGCUUCUACAUCCGCCGGCUGUGUGAUCGAAAGGAAACGUACAGAAUGCAACGCCGCGCCAGCCUGCCGGGUGGGGGCAUCCAGAAGCGCUCUGCAGACGAAUGUUUCACCAUCCACCACUUUGAGAACAAGUUUGUGACGGAGACCCGGAUCUGCAAGGCUUGAUGGGAAAGCAUGAGCAUAGUUCAGAGAGAGAGAGCGAUAGGGAGAGCCAGAGUGACAGAGACAGAGAGUUGAUGGGAGUGGGCGCAGGAGAGAACAACUUUCAGCAGAAAGUUACUUUUGUAUAAAACUCUUAACUCCAGUUUUUGGCCCCCCUCGCUUUAACCCCCGUGAUAAGUGAAUUAAAGUUACAGCGUUUCAGCCUAACCCCCCUCCUCCGCAUUAUUCCCCUGUACCUGUAUGGGUCAUAGCUCUCUUGCGCAAGUAUUCACUAGCUAGUCUUGUACUGAUAACCCGUGUCAUCCUGCUAACUAAGGAUAUAACCGUGUUUCAUUUGUUAUGUUGGUUUUCGUUCUGUUGCCGUAGCUUCCUGCAGACUAAUCUUAUCCUGUGUAACUGUGUAACAGUAUCAUGUCACCUAGAGACCAGAGUUGCUAGUCAUUCUACUGAAUAUCCUGGUGAUACUGAGAAAUCAUUCAUAUCAGGCCCAUCUGUGUGUCAGCCUACUGUUCCCAUUUUUAAUGCAGUUUAUAGAGCAGACUUGAUAAGAUAUGCUACUGUAUAUGUUAUAGUUUGAUAUAGCACAAGUCAACCUGGAAAGGUAUGGUACAGUCCAGUUACAGUGCACAUGUAACAUGUUUGCUGUUGUUUUUUUAUGGAUGGUACCAGAGAUGCACAAACCCAGAGCUCUCAGUCACCACUUUGUAGAUAUUUCCCAGAGUGCCCCGCCGUUCCCAGAGGCCUCUGCUGUCCUGGUGUGUGAUGAUUUCAUGUAAACCUGAUGGUGAAGAGUCCAGCACCCUACAUGACCAGUGUUUGUGUUUGUGUAGAAGUCCUCAUUUGUGACAAUAAACUUGAAGGAUGGUUGGUGAGCUAAAGGAGUGUAUAAGCUAAAGGGAAAUUUCACCAAAUUUGACACUAGUUUUUGAAUAUAAAUUUGUAGUCCCAUAACAUGGAGUUAUCUUUACCGAGACAGUGAGAAAAAAGUUCCUGUAGGUUUAACAUCUUUUUGAAAAACAUUAUAUAUUUAAAAUUGUCAGAGGAACUAAUUAUCUGCAUAAAGUUGUUUGUUUGAUUUUGAAAGUCGGUAAGAAAAAGCUUGUAUGAUGUAUGGAAAGACUGGCUUUUUGUAAAAAGUGAUUUCAGUGGUUUCCCCUGUAAUGUCUGCACGGAGAGACAAUCAGACAGGAAGUGUGCUUCUAUAAAUGUUUCUGUCUCUGCUUUUUAACUGAAUACUAGAAGAGUAGAUAAAAACCAAUGUUGUGUGCAGCUACUGAACUGAACUUCACUUUGUUGUUGAAUAAAGUUGCAUUUCUUUACCUACUUGAA